AUGUUCAAGUUGGUGGUGUUGUCAUCAGUGCUCGCAAUCGUAUCUUCAGCUCCGGCCCCCGGACUAAUCGGUAGUUAUGGUAGUUAUGCGGUUCCUGCGGCCACAAGUUAUUCAUCCAGGAUUGACGUGCAUCACAGUAAACCUAUUGUAGCUGCCUACGCUGCUCCUGUUGUGACAAAAACGGUGGUUGCGAGUCCUCUCUCCUAUGCUUAUCCUGAUGUGGGUCAUGUUGAUUACGGAUUACACGCUGCUCCAUUAGUGACGGAUUACUCUCUGGGCCAUGAUUAUGGAUUAGGAUAUGGCUAUGGCAUCGGUCAUGGUUAUGGAUAUGGACACGGAUGGUAA